CUAGGUUUCACUUACUUUUACAGAAACGCGCUGGAGUGUAUUGCAAAUUUUGACGUGUCGCCGCACGCAAAGCCAUACGCCCACAAACCGAAGCCAUUUUUGUGUAAUUUAACUACUGAGUUUGAUUUCAAAUCAACAAAUAUUCGCGAUCUACGAUCACACAAAGUUUCGAUUUUUGACAAAAACUUUAAUUUAUUUCGUAAUUUUCAACACACACAAGCUCGCUGGUUCGCUCGUCGUCGCUGCUUGAAAAGGUGAAAAGUCAAAUUGACAGCUCCGCCGUGGUGCUGUUGCCAUUGCAAAAUUACAGAAAAUAGUUGAGAAUGGGCAGCACUGCAAAAUAGCGAGUGCAUUAGUUGUUAGAAAUGUUUUGCUUAUGGAAGCUGUUUGGAAUUGAAAGUUUUUUCAUACAUUUUUGUAUGGUUUCAUUCGAAGACACGGUUUAAUAGCUUUGAUUAAUACAUUUAAAUAUUUUUAAAAUCUCAGGUUUCGUGAUUAUCCGGCAGCACCGGCAGCACUAUUAAACUAAUCGCUUAAAAUUCGCGUUGCAAUGAACUGUUGCUAGGAAACGGAAGUGAAUAACAUAAGCCGACUAAUUAAUUCAAUAUAAAUUAUUACUUAAAAUAAAAUAAUAUUGUUAAAAAUAACUUAAACAUGUCGAAAGGAGUUAUUUGCUUUGAUAUAUCGAAAAAUGAACGUUUCCAAUUGACGGAUAACUAUAAAAUGUUGCACCGCAAACUGAAAGUAAAUUGGAAAGUUGAACAGAGCGAUGGUGAACUGAAGAAAGAGCGGCUACAGCGUGUGGGCAUCUUUGUUUUGGCCGGACCGCAGGAUCGGUUCACCGAGGAAGAGUUCCAAGUGUUGAAGGAAUUUGUAGAAAAGGGUGGCAAAUUAUGGGUGAUGCUAGGCGAAGGCGGCGAACAGGAAUUUAAUACAAAUGUGAAUUUCUUUCUAGAACAAUACGGCAUAUAUAUCAAUAGUGACACGGUGGUGCGCCCACAUUACUAUAAAAAUUUCCAUCCUAAGGAGUGUAUUAUUGGCGGUGGUGUGGUUUGCGAGUCGAUGUGGCGGCAUUUAAUCAAACAAGAUAUCGAGAAGGUCGAUUAUGACUUUAGCGAUGAGAAAUACAAAAUACACUUUCAAUAUCCAUAUGGUGCGACUUUAAAUGUCUCAGAACCGGCGAAUGUGCUACUAAGCACGGGACCUGUAGUUUAUCCUUUUAAUCGACCGCUAGCUGGUUACUACGUCAACGAGCAGGGCGGCAAGAUACUCGCCAUCGGCUCUGGUUACAUGUGGCACGAUAAGUAUUUGCAGAGUGAUAAGACAAACGACGCGCUACUGGAAUAUUUUAUACAACUUUUGGGCGGCAAUGAAAUACAAUAUUCACAUUUGGACUUCAACGAUGUGGAGAUAAACGACAACAAAACCUUCACCGAUAUCGCCUUCAUCGCUGAUUUGCCGAAAGCUUGUCUGAUCGACUCCAUUGGCGGCACAGAAACACCCGCCGAUUUCAAACAAAUGUUCGACAUGACAAUCUACUCGCUAAGUAAUCGUUUGCUGAAGGAUGUAAUGGCGACAUACGAACAAUUGAAUGUCAAAUAUGAAGCGUUAAAAAUAAUUAAGCCGCAAUUUGAGAUACCGUUGCCGCCAUUACAGUUAGCGACUUUUCCUCCUAUCUUCAGCGAGCCUGCCGCCCCACCACUCGAACUCUUCGACUUGGACGAGGUGUUUAGCGCUGCGCGCACACAACUGGCCAAUAUGACCAGCAAAUGUGUGCAGUCCAUUACCGCGAAGGAUGCACGUAAGCCGCUAAAUACACGUGAAUUGGAGAAUUAUAUUAAAGAGUGUGCGCGGAUUACGGGCAUCAUACACGAGCACCAAGAUGUGCAAGCGCGUGAGAUACUCAAUAUAUUGGCGCGCCAGAUCGUAAGCUACCGACCGUAUGCAGAUGAGUAGUGGACGCCACAGCCGAAAUAGGAGCGAAGGUGUGAUAUUUCGACACGAGGCAUAGUCUAGACUAAAUAUUUUUUUGUUUUUUAAUUUUUUAAAUCAUUUAAUUUUCAGUUGCUUUUGUUGUGAAAGAAGUUGGAAUGCAAAUGUAGUAUUAUUUAACGUUUAAAUUGAAAAAUAUGCAAUUUCCAGCAACAAUGCGCACAUAUACAUAUAUACUAGUAAA